CUUUAAAGAAGGUUUCGAAACGUCAACGACUCGGCCAAACUCAGAUUGAGACCCGGGGAGAGAGAGUCGGAGAGUCGGGGAGUCGGAGAGAAUCGGAUCCAUUUGACACUCCUGAUUGUAUUUCUCUGCUCUCUGAUUUCGUCUUCAGCUCUUCACUGCAAUACAGCGAAGAUGAGCACAGUCGUGCAGGGUUUUACCAAGUCGCUUGCCAUGACUGUUCUCUCCGAAAUCGGCGACAAGACGUUUUUUGCCGCCGCGAUCCUGGCUAUGCGGCACCCUAGGAGACUUGUCUUGUCCGGUUGCCUUGCAUCUUUGAUUGUGAUGACUAUUCUUUCUGUUCUUGUUGGCUGGGCUGCUCCAAAUCUGAUGUCUCGUAAAUGGACUCAUCACAUAACAACAUUAUUGUUCUUUGGGUUUGGGCUAUGGUCUUUAUGGGAUGGAUUUACAGAGGAAGGGGAGGCUGAAGAGUUGGCUGAAGUCGAAGCAAAAUUGGACGCUGAUUGGAAGGCCGAAACAGCAACCACUAAAAAGAGUAGUAAGGAUGACGAUGAUUUGAAAAAGCAGAAACGGCCGUUUCUCGCACAAUUCUUUUCACCAAUCUUUUUAAAGGCAUUUUCUAUUACUUUUUUUGGUGAAUGGGGUGACAAGAGUCAGCUAGCUACCAUUGGUUUGGCUGCAGAUGAGAACCCAUUUGGUGUUGUUCUUGGUGGAAUUAUAGGACAAGCAUUGUGUACUACCGCAGCUGUCCUUGGUGGAAAGAGCUUGGCAUCUCAAAUAUCUGAGAAAUUUGUUGCACUCUCAGGUGGAGUUCUUUUCAUUGUUUUUGGGAUUCAAUCCUUCCUUUCUACAGUUCAGUCAUGACACUGAUGAUCUUGCUAAUGGUAACAUCAAAGGUUUUCUACCGUGGUUAGGGCAGCUGCUAAAUGUGUUAUCCUUUGACGAUUGUGAUUCUUUUUUAAAGCAGCGGGCAGCAACAUUUGUUAUACUCUGGCCCGUGACAAUGACUUAUCACUGGGAUCUCUAUGUAUUAUGAAAACUAGCAUGUAACCUGUGUCAUGCACGGGUUUUUACUAUUUAAAACUGCAUAAUAAAUUAGAACGUUAUAUUUAAUUUAAUAAACAAAAUAAAAUUUUAGGAAUAAUAUUGAAAA